ACACAGCCCUUCCCUGCCUCCUCCAUUCCCGCCGCUGCUGGCCCGACGCACUGCCCCCGGCCCUGCAGCACGCCGCCCGCUGUUGACGCGCCGCCCCAGCCCCGCCGUGCGUCGCCGCCGGCCGCCGCUCCUCCAGCGGCCUCGCCGUGCCACACUCGGCCCCGUCCUCUGCACUCAGCCCUACCGCGCGUCGCCGCCCAGGCCACCGGAGAUGAAAGGCCCGACGCGCCGCCGCCCAGACCACCAAAGAUGAAAGGCCCAGGCCACCGGAGAAGAAGACCCAGCCACCAAGACCAAACCGCUAAUUGGGUCAAAGAUUAUCUAUCCUCCACGAGUCCCCCGCCUCAAGUCCCAGCUCUACCGCCGGACGCCGCCUCCCCCUCCAUGUCCUGGCCCUGCCGCGCCGCUUUGGCUGCCUUCCUCCCACGCUCGAUCUGCUACCUUCCGGCCAUAGUCCUGGCCCCACCUCCUAAGCUGCGGGCUGCCCGUUUCUCAGCUCUACCAUGGAGAGGGCCAUUGGUUUCAACUGAUCUGUCGUUGGAAACUGAAAGGUCUAGUGUCCGUGUGACAUAUCAGGGUUCACCUGGUACAGUCAUUGAGGCAAUGGUGCUCAAUGCCUUCCCAAAUUGUAUAGCAGCUCCGCAAAAAAGGUCUGAAGGUGCACUCGAGACUGUCCAGUCUUCACUUGCUGAUAAAGCUGUUCUUACUAUAGAAAACUCAUCCAUUGGAAGCUUUCAUCAGAGCUAUGACUUGCUUCUUAGUCACAAUUUGCAAAUUGUGCAAGAAGUACAUAUGGAUGUAGAGCUAUGUCUCCUGGCUUUACCCGGAGUGCAGAAGGACGAUUUGCAGACAAUUUUCAGCCAUCCACAGGAUCUUGCGCAAUGCGAGCAUUCACUUUCUAAUUUAGGUGUUUCAAAGAAAAAUGUAGAUCAUGGAGCUGCUGGUGCUGAGAUUAUAUCCAAGCAAAAUCUGAGGGGUGCUGGAGUUAUAGGCAGUGCUCGAGCAGCAGAAUUGUAUGGGCUUAACAUAUUAGAGUGCAACUUUCAGGAUGCUUCACCUAAUGUCACAAGAUACCUGGUAUUGGCCAGAACUGCUAACAUUCCCAAAGAAUAUGAACAAUAUAAGACAAGCAUCGUUUUUGGUCUUGAAGAAGGCCCUGGGACACUUCACAAAGCCUUAGUGGCAUUUUGGAAGAGAGAUUUAAAUUUGACAAAGAUUGAGAGCAGACCAAACAGGGGCAAACCAAUGAGGACACUGGGAACUGAAAAGCAGUUCAAUUACAUUUUCUAUGUUGAUUUUGAAGCAUCUGUGGCUGAGAUCCCCGCACAAAAUGCCUUGAAGGAACUAGAGGAAAUCGCAAGUUUCCUGCGUGUCCUUGGCUGCUACCCAAGCACACGUAUCUGAACGGCCUCAAGCUCAUCACAGAGAGAAUGGCAAGGUUGACUGAAGGCGAGGGUUAACUUAAUUUUGAUGGCAUCGUCUCUAGCUCAAUGAAAGACAUGAUAACUGUGUUCAGUGCAAGCAAAUUUUAUCCUGUUACAGGCAGCCGAACCUGUUUCCUGUUGUCGGAUGUGUGGCUUGAUGCAAAGAUUUCGGUGACGUUUAGAGAAAUAGAUGCUUCGGAUGUUUUUGAGGAGAAAUAUGAUCCGAUUUAAUUUGCAAUGCAAAAAAACAAGCUCGACGAA